AUGAGGGGCGGUGCGACGCGGCGGUGGCGCGAGCGGAUGUGGGGCUUCGUGCGCGCGGGGCACUACGGGAUCGACGGCCUGGUGAUCAACCCGGUGGCCAUGCCGCCGGAAGAGUGGCGGCGACUCGCCGGUGCGCACGUGCUGGUCACCGUGGUGGGGCUGGACCUGCUGGCCGUGAAAGGUCGUGUGUACGUGCACGCGCUCCAGGCGAGCGGGUGGCGCGGCGAGGCGGAUCUGUAUGAGACGCCUGGUGAGUACCAUGUCUACUUCCUCGACAAACCCAGCAGCGAGAAGGCGGCCAAGGAGAUAGAGGUCGUGGUGGACUUCAUCAAUGGUCGACGGAAAGGAAACUAG